CUUAUUAAUCUUCCGUUCCCCUCUCCUCCCCUUUCUGACUUCCGAGAGCACCUCACCGGCGCCCCCUCCCGUGCUGCCCCUUCCCGAGCCGCCGUCGCCUAGCUGCCCCCUCCCCAGCGCGCCACCCGUCUGCACACCGCCGCCCUCGCCGCGCCUGCACAUCGGCGCCUGGAGGACGAGAAGCGAGGAAGAAGACCCCAGCCUCGCCUGAAAACGCAUCCCAAGACUUCAACCUCCCUUUCCGGCCGGAGAUCCGCCUCGCAUCUCCGCGACAGAUCCGGGCAAACGGCGGCUGAUGCAGUUCUUCGGCGGCUCGUCGCUGACGUCGGUCGCGCCGGAGGCGACCCCAGCCCCGGCGGCGCCCCCCGGCACGGGCACGGGCGCCAGCGCGCAGGUCCUCUACGUCUUCAACCGCAACGGCGUCUGCCUGCUCUACCGCGAGUGGCACCGCCCGCUCCGCACGCUCGACCCCACCCAGGACCACAAGCUCAUGUUCGGACUCCUCUUCUCCCUUCGCUCCUUCACCGCCAAGAUCGACCCAACCACGGCUGAGAAGGGAAAUCUUGGCGUGCCACUACUGCCAGGCCAAGGUUGUUCGUUUUAUAGCUUCAAGACAAACACAUACAAACUGAACUUCAUGGAGAGCCCAUCUGGUAUAAAGCUUAUACUAAUUACACAUCCAAGGACUGGUGAUCAGCGAGACUCGCUAAAGCAUAUCUACAAUCUAUAUGUGGAAUAUGUUGUAAAGAAUCCUUUGUAUGCUCCUGGAACACCAAUCAAGUGUGAACUUUUCAAUAAACAUCUUGAUCAAUACGUGAGAACAUUAAUUUGAUGUCGUUGAGACUAUGAGUUGGUGAGGCAUUAGGGAAAAAAAGGGACCAUUUCAUCAUGUCACCAUUUCGUGGAAGCACCGUCUCAGGGUCAGGGGUGGUAGACUUUUCUGGUGUAAAAUUUGUUUUAUUCUCAUACAAAGGUGCAGCUGUCUUCUUGUGUACCGACUUCAAUUUGACAGCUCUACUGUGACAACGGUUGUUUGUUUGAUCAUGACGGAUGCACUCGACAGGGAAACUGCAUUGUCGCUUCUAGUGUGAUAAAUCUCCAUAUACAUAAUUAAUCCAUGAUUUAUUGCGUCA